AUGUACAGAAGACUAGCAUCCGGAUUAUAUCAGGUACUCAUAUACAUUCACAACAGUCUCUUCGAAAAGUUCCUUACAGACUUCACAGCGAAAAAUCGCCCAAGCACAGCCCAGAUCGGUUUUUGUGCCGGAAACCGUGGUGACGACGUUGCCGAACGGAUUCCGAGUGGCUACUGAGAAUACUGGAGGUUCCACAGCCACGGUGAGGAUAAGAACGUAUAAUUAUUCGGAAAUCGAGUAAAAAUUGCAGAUUGGAGUGUUCAUUGACGCCGGCAGUCGAUACGAGAAUGAUGCGAACAACGGAACUGCACACUUCCUUGAGCACAUGGCUUUCAAAGUAAAUUUUUUAGGGAACCCCACUGUCUAAUUGUCAUUUUCAUUGCAGGGAACACCUCGCCGAACCCGUAUGGGCCUGGAGCUGGAAGUGGAGAACAUCGGAGCGCACCUGAAUGCGUACACUUCCAGAGAGAACACAACCUAUUAUGCAAAGUGUUUCACUGAGAGAUUGGAUCAAUCCGUCGACAUUCUCUCCGACAUUCUCCUCAACAGUUCUCUGGCGAAGAAAGACGUUGAAGCAGAAAGAGGAGUCAUCAUUCGGGAGAUGGAAGAGGUCGCCCAGAACUUCCAGGAGGUCGUCUUCGACGUUCUCCACUCGCGGGUUUUUGAGGGAAAUCCGCUCGGAUACACCAUUCUUGGCCCGCUCGAAAACAUUAAUUCGAUUCAACAAAACGAUUUGAAACAGUACAUUGACACGCACUACAGAAGCGGUCGGAUGGUACUCGCGGCGGCUGGCGGAGUCGACCACGAUGCGGUCGUGCGGAUGGCCGAGAAAUACUUCGGAGGGCUCCAGCACGGCGACUCUUCUAAUGAAUUCGUGGCCGCCGAGUACAUUCCGAGUGAUGUGCGCGGACAGAUCGACGAUCUUCCGAUGGUGCACGGAGCGAUGGUCGUAGAAGGACUCUCCUGGACGCACGAGGACAAUCUGGCACUCAUGGUCGCCAACACAGUAAGCCCCGUCGCGUUUUAAACACGAAAACAAAAGAUUGUUUCAGCUGAUGGGAGAAUACGAUCGAAUGCGUGGAUUCGGAGUGAAUGCGCCCACCCGAUUGGCCGAAAAGCUGUCUCAGGACGAGGGAGUCGAGGUGUUUCAGUCGUUCAACACUUGCUACAAGGUCCGGCUUGAAUGGACGUCUUUUAAAACGAAGAAUUCUUUCAGGAAACCGGACUGGUCGGCACUUACUUCGUAGUGGAUCCGAACUCGGCCGACAAUCUGAUCGAUUCGGUGCUCAGUCAGUGGGUUUGGCUCUCCAACAGUUCGUUUCUUUUCCUUCCUCUUCUAACCUACUUAUGAUUCUUCAGACAUUGAUGAGGCGACAGUGGAGCGUGCAAAGCGUUCCCUGCUCACGAACCUCCUUCUGAUGCUCGACGGCUCGACGCCGGUCUGCGAGGACAUCGGCCGGCAGCUCCUCUGCUACGGCCGCAGGAUUCCGACUCCCGAGCUGACCGCCCGUGUCCAGUCGGUCACCGUCGAACAGCUCCGCGAAGUUUGCCAACGCAUCUUCCUCAACGGAAAGAUUUCGACGACGGUCGUCGGACCAGUCAAAUCCUGGCCGCACAGAGAGAACAUUCAUGAGCGACUUGCCAAAAUUAUGUAG